AUGUCGCAAUCCCUCCGUCCCUACCUCUCAGCAGUCCGCUCGACCCUCACAGCCGCCUUAUCCCUCUCCAACUUCGCAUCGCAAGCCUCCGAGCGACACAAUGUCCCCGAGAUCGAAGCCAAGACGUCUCCCGAAGUCGUCCUCAACCCGCUGACCGUCUCACGAAAUCAAGAAGAGCGAGUGUUGGUUGAGCCGUCGGUGAACAGCGUGCGAGUGAGCUUGCGGAUUAAACAGGCGGAUGAGAUUGAGCAUAUCCUGGUGCACAAGUUUACGAGGUUCUUGACGCAGAGAGCGGAGGCGUUCUUUAUUUUGAGGAGAAAGCCGGUGCCGGGCUAUGAUAUUUCGUUCUUGAUUACGAACUUCCACACGGAGGAGAUGUUGAAGCACAAGCUGGUGGACUUCAUCAUUCAGUUCAUGGAGGAAGUGGACAAGGAGAUCUCGGAGAUGAAGCUCUUUUUGAACGCAAGAGCUCGAUUUGUGGCAGAGAGCUUCUUGACUCCGGUGCGUCUCCAUCCCCAAUGA